GUCGAGACUGAUCGACGAAGACAGCGCCACCUAUGUUGUCUUUUUCCUUCUUCAAAUAUGUGGAAUUUCCUUUUACGGGUUUUUUUUUUGGGAAUGGAAAUGAUAAUGAAGAAGAAAAGCCGUGAAACACACAAAUGAUUUGUGGAUGAGAGGCAACCAAAUUGGCUUGGCAGGAUUUGGUCUGAAAUGCUCACCUUCAAAUGCUCAUCCACUUCCAAUGGCAUUGACCAUUUAUUGUCGAGAUGGAGAUCACCAACGUCACUGAAUAUGAGGCAAUUGCAAAGCAAAAACUGCCAAAGAUGGUGUAUGACUACUAUGCAUCUGGUGCAGAGGACCAGUGGACUCUCCAAGAGAAUAGAAAUGCAUUCUCAAGAAUUCUGUUCCGACCCCGUAUUCUUAUUGAUGUGAGCAACAUUGACAUGACGACUACUGUCUUGGGCUUCAAAAUAUCAAUGCCAAUCAUGAUUGCCCCAACAGCGAUGCAAAAGAUGGCUCAUCCAGAGGGGGAGUAUGCAACAGCCAGAGCUGCAUCGGCUGCUGGAACUAUCAUGACAUUAUCCUCAUGGGCUACUUCCAGUGUCGAAGAGGUCGCUUCAACAGGACCUGGCAUCCGCUUUUUCCAGCUUUAUGUACACAGAGACAGGAAUGUUGUCGCUCAGCUUGUGAGAAGAGCUGAAAGGGCUGGAUUCAAGGCUAUUGCUCUUACAGUUGAUACCCCAAGGCUAGGUCGUAGAGAGGCUGACAUUAAAAAUAGGUUUACUCUACCCCCAUUUUUGACAUUAAAGAACUUUGAAGGUUUGGACCUGGGCAAGAUGGACAAAGCCGAUGACUCUGGCCUCGCAUCAUAUGUUGCUGGCCAAAUUGAUCGUUCUCUUAGCUGGAAGGAUGUGCAGUGGCUUCAAACAAUCACCAAACUGCCAAUUUUUGUCAAGGGUGUACUCACUGCUGAGGAUGCAAGGAUAGCUGUACAAGCUGGAGCAGCUGGUAUUAUUGUGUCUAACCAUGGCGCUCGCCAACUUGAUUAUGUCCCUGCCACAAUCAUUGCCUUGGAAGAGGUUGUCAAAGCUGCACAAGGGCGGAUACCUGUGUUCUUGGAUGGUGGUGUUCGACGUGGAACAGACGUCUUCAAGGCAUUGGCACUAGGAGCAUCUGGCAUAUUCAUUGGACGGCCUGUGGUGUUCUCGUUGGCUGCGGAAGGAGAGGCUGGUGUGAGAAAAGUACUUCAAAUGCUGCGUGAUGAGUUCGAGCUAACCAUGGCACUAAGUGGCUGCCGUUCUCUCAAGGAAAUCACUCGUAAUCACAUUGUGACUGACUGGGACGUCCCACUCCCUCAUCCGGUACCCAAGUUAUAGAAAUUGCUCGAAGAUAACUUGUUUUAUAAACCCUAAUGCACGUAUACUUAAUGUGUAUUUGAGUCUUCAAGAAAUCUGCCUAUUUCUGAAGAGAACUUGUUUCACUUUCGACGACUCUGAGAGAAUUCUGGGACUUUGGUCUUUUUUCAUUUUCGAUGCAUUUUCAUGGCUACCUUCUGCUUCAUUGUAUAUAUCUCUAUAUAUAUUGGUCUUACAAUGGGACUUGCUUGAAUCUAUGGGUUUAUAAAAACAUGUACUCUGCUUUUCCUAAUA